CACCUCUUGUUAUUGAGGCCAAAUAGUUCAAUCUUUGUCUUGUCUGACCAUAAAAACUUUAUCUAGAAAGCGUUUGGUUUGUCCACGUGGGCAGAUGCAAACUUAAUUCAAGCUUGAAGGAGGAGCUUUUCACUGCACAUUAUUAAAAGGUGGUGGUGGAGAAAGUUUAGUCUAUCAAAAGCUUUCAGCAUGAUCCUGUCUCAGCAGAGAAUCAACUUCAUCACAGGAUUACUCUUAAUGUCAGUGUCUGUAUGUUACAGUAUACUGUCUUGUAAAAAUGGCCACAGUGGCCCAACACACGAGUCCUUGCAGGCUGUCUUUGACCUCCAAGCCUUUAGGCCAGCCGUGAACCUCAGCAAUCCCACCAUAACCAACAUCUCCUUCACCUUGUAUGCUGUCCUCGGUGUGAAUGAGAAAACUCAGAUACUCACUACUUUCUUGUGGCUCAGACUGUACUGGCACAAUGAGUUUCUGGUCUGGGACCCCAAGGAGUGUGAUGGUGUCACGAAGAUUUCUCUACCUGUAAAGGAGCUCUGGUCUCCGGACAUCAUUGUUUAUGAGUUUGUGGAUGACGACGUCUCCCAGGCAUGUCCUUACGUCUACGUUAACCACACGGGUCACAUCCGCUGGGACAGGAUGCUGCGGCUCGUCUCAUCCUGCAAUCUGGAGAUCUUCAGUUUUCCUUUUGAUGUGCAGAACUGCACAUUUACAUUUGGCUCUUACAUGCACACCAUACGGGAUGUGAGGGUCAGUCCAGCUCUGCCUUUUAAGGAGAUGUCUCUAAACUCAAAACGAUACCUGGAAGCCAGUGGAGAGUGGGAGCUGGUGGACAUACUAGGAGAGACCUCCAUACUUAAAUUUGGAAUCGACGAAUGGGACAUCAUCACCUUCUGGGUGGUCGUUAAGCGGCGCCCAGUCCUCUACGUGGUCAACCUUCUGAUCCCAAGCUCUUUCCUCAUGCUCAUUGACAUCCUGUCCUUCUACCUGCCUCCCCAUAGCGUCGACCGUGCCUCCUUCAAAAUGACCCUAAUCCUGGGCUACACAGUCUUCCUGCUCAUCAUGAACGACCUGCUGCCAAGUACAGCAAAUGGCACUCCCAUCAUAGGUAUCUAUUUCUCAGUGUGUCUUGCCCUCAUGGUUAUCAGUCUACUGGAAACAGUCAUCAUUACCAACGUCCUCCACCAUAACUCCUUAAAAUAUCGGGAGGUUCCAAAGUGGGUUAGGAUUGUUGUGCUCAAACAUAUAGCAAACCUCAUCUGCUACCGCUGGCCAGAAGAUAUCCAGCUGCCUUCUACACCACAGAAGGAUAAACCUGGAAAUGCCAAUGGCAGUUCUGGUCCUUGGAUCAUUCAACCAGCCAGCCGGGCACCUGACCAGCACCCAGUUAGUAACGGUACAUCUGCUCUGCCUGAACUGCAACAGAUCUGUCAGUACCUUGCUGAACUUCGUGCCCACCUCGUCUCUCUGCAGAAGGAAAGCCAGUUGUUGGACCAGUGGUGCCAUGUAGGAUAUGUCCUUGACUUCCUGCUCUUUCGUAUCUAUCUACUGAUCAUCAGCUGCUAUGCUAUGGUUAUUGUCACAAUGUGGUGCAUUUGGAUCACUCAAACCUAAAUGAAUAUUGUAGUGAUGGAUCGGUCGCGAACGAAAUGGCUCUUAGAGCCGGAUCUUUGAUGUG